UGUCAAUCGAACUGUCCAAGAACAUUGUGCACUACUCUGCUGUCGUUGUUGGGCAGUACAAGGUUGAGACAGUCCACCUCUACAACUGGUUCCGAGUACCCUGCAAAUGGUCCAUCAAGCCUGUUCAGAAGACCAAUCACUGCAAAUACAUGACACCAGCCGUUCGUCAGAAGCAGCAGGCGCUGGAGUAUGAGCCCUGUCCCUUUGAAGUGAAGCCCUCCAAAGGAACCCUUGAUCCAGGAAGGUGCCAGAAUCUGAAAAUCAAAUUUACACCCAAGGAGGAGAGGUCUUACAGUAAUGAGCUGGAGCUUAACAUUUUUGGGAGCAGCAAUCACUUCAAGCUGUACCUCUCAGGACAAGGUCUGGAGCCACGGUUGGAGUUCAGCCCCCCAGAACUAGAGAUGGGAUGGAUGAUGGUGGACAGUGAUGGGAUGGAGGCCACAGUGGUGGUGAAGAACCCAUGCAACUUCCCCAUUGAGUUUUACGCCCUGGAUUUUGAUGAGCAGUACCUUGAGAAGAAGAUCCUGCGGAUGGCAGAGGAGUCUGAGGAUCAUGAAGCACAGAAGUGGCUGAAGGCAGAGCUCAAGGCCAGGGCUGAGGCUGAGGCCAAGGCCAUGGGCAAGGCAGCAGCAGCACGUCACAGAGCUAUCACAUUCCAUCCUGAGUCCGUGGCGAAGGUGGCUGGGAUUCCUUUCUCUCGGGCCGUCCUGCGCCCCCCGGGCACUGCCCCGUCCUCGUGGCGGCGCGAGGCGCAGCCCCACCGAGGGAUUGUUGUCAUCGUCCAUGGGCCGCCCCGGGCAGGUAAAAAGCUCACUGCUCAGAGCAAGAAUAAAGAAGCCGCUGAGGAAAACAUCUACAAGAAGUAUGUCAAAGGCAAGAACCUUCCAGCACAAAAGAAGGAGCCAGCCAAGGUAAAGGGCACCAAGUUCACAGUUUCCACUGCUCCUGCGCCCCAGCAGCUGAGCAUCGUCAGCAGUCGUGGGGAAGAGCUGAACUGCUUGAGCUGUGUGCUGCCCGAAGAGCUGCUGGUGGACAUCCUCAGUGAGAGGCUGCAGCAGAAAGACUGCUACAAGGGAGUGGUCUUUGAUGGCUUGGAGAGCCUCUUUGCAAGCAGCCUGGAAUCUUCUCUGCUCUGUGUACUCAGAGCUGUCAAGAACUGUCAUCAUAUCUAUGUGGUGAACCUGCAGCAGGAUUAUGCUUCUUGGAAAGCCAAGAACAAAGCUGAAAGAAAGAAGAAGGAAGCUCAAAGAGAGAAGGAAGGGAGCUGAAGCAGCCAGCUCAAAAGCUUGAGGAGGAG